AAACUCCUUCCCGCUCUCUCUGGAAGAUUCGAGCUUUUUCUCAAAUAACCGUUUACUUCCAUAAAUAUCAGAACUCUUCUCCUACAAUCCAAGCUAGAAUUCCUUUGAUUUCUUCUCCCAAUUGUACGGAUCCCUCUCUCUCUCACUCAAAGAUGAGCCGACAUCCGACGCUGAAGUGGGCCCAGAGGUCUGACAAAAUCUACUUGACAGUUGAGUUACCUGAUGCAAAGGAUGUAAAACUCAAACUUGAGCCUGAAGGCAAGUUCAUCUUUUCUGCUACUAAGGAUGGCGUUCCCUAUGAGGUCGACAUUGAGUUGUUUGAUAAAAUCGACACUGAGGAAAGCAAGGUUAGUAUUGGUGUGAGGCACAUCGUCUAUGUUAUAAAGAAGACCGAGAAGAAAUGGUGGGGCAGGCUACUCAAGCAGGAAGGAAAACCGCCUGUGUUCCUGAAAGUGGACUGGGAUAAAUGGGUUGAUGAAGAGGAUGAGAACGAAAAAGCUGGGAUGGAUUUCGACGACAUGGAUUUCUCGAAAUUAGGCAUGGGUGGGGAUGAUUUUGAUAUGGAUGAUGAUGCUAAUGAAGACCAAGAAGGGAAAGAAGGAGCAGAAGAGGCGGCGAUCGAGAAGGAAGGAGAACCCACUUCGGCGGUUGCUGAUGAGAUUAAGGCCUGAUUGCAUUUGCAAGAGAUAAGGUUUUGAGAUUUCUCUUUAGCUGAAAUUGUGAUAUAAAGAAAGCUCAAUCUAAUGUCUGUAUUAGAUGAUGCAUUUGUCUAUGUUCAUCUUUGAAUUA